CAUUUGCAGAGGCCUUUCAAGUGUUCUAUAGAGGAUUGCCCUGCCAGCUAUAGGAGAAAAGACCAUUUCAGCUGUCCUGUUGAUGGUUGUGAUAAGUCAUUUGCAUAUCAAGGGAACAUGAAGAGGCACUUGAAUGAAAUUCACAAUGAUGAGGAAUCAUCAACGUAUGGUGAACGUAAGAGUCUGAAGCAGCAUGUUUGUCCAGAGGUUGGGUGUGGGAAGGUUUUCAAGUUUGCAUCGAAGUUGCAAAAGCAUGAGGAUUCUCAUGUCAAACUGAAGACUGUGGAGGCUUUCUGUUGUGAGUGCAUGAAAUACUUCAGCAAUGUUGACUAUUUGAAGGAGCACAUGCGGUCAGCUCACCAAUUAGUCAAUUGCGACAUAUGUGGGACUAAGCAGUUGAGGAAGAAUAUCCAACGGCAUCUCCGCACGCAUGAGAAGAAAAAUUCAGCUGAUUCAGAAGCAUUCAGAUGUGAUGUUGAGGGUUGUCUCCACAUUUUUUCAACAAAAUCAAAUUUACGUCAGCAUGUGAAGGCUGUUCAUCUUGAGGUGAGGCCAUUUGUAUGCGGCCAUAAGGAUUGUGGCAAGAAGUUUGCAUAUAAGCACGUGAGAGACCAUCAUGAGAAAACCGGUUGCCAUGUUUACACUCCGGUGAGCCCCAUUCUCUCAUUCUCUCAAAUAUUGAAAUUCAAUUUUACUGCUCUUUUGAAAUCCAGCUUUUUACUACAUGAGGUUUGGAUGAUCCUAAUACCUAUCAAUUUGGCUCCUUGGCUUCAGGGUGAUUUUGAGGAGUUAGAUGGGCAAUUUCGAUCUAGGCCUAGAGAUGGGAGAAAGAGGAAAUGUCCGACGAUUGAGUCCCUACUGCGAAAAAGAGUUACUCUACCCAAUGAGCUAGAUUUCCUUUCGAAUUAG